GCUCACUACCAUUACCCAGCACUCAGCAAGCACACAUAGUCUCUGUACAUAUAUAUAGGUUGCCAGAUACAGUGCCAGUGCAAACAUCAGUCAGUCAGACAACGGACCACUCUCUCGCGCCUUUAGAAGCCACGUAUGUACGCACCGUCGAUCGACCUUGAUUGAUUACUCUCUCUGUCCUGUCCUGGCCGGCCAUGCGGAGCUCCGUGCACGUCCCGGCCGCGGUGGAGGCGCUGCUGGGCCACCCGGUGGCGGCGCUGUCGGAGAGGCCCGCGCCACGGCUGACGCGGCUGCUGGUGAACGUGAUGGUGGAGCGGAGCCUGUGGCCGGUGCACGUGCUGCUGGGCGCUGACGCCACGGUGGCCGACCUGGCACGUGCCGCGGUCGACGCCUAUGCCGCCGAGGGGCGCAGGCCGCCGCUCCCGGCCGAUGGCGCGACCGACGCGGCCGCGCGGCUCGAGCUGCAUCUCUCCAAGUAUGCCCUUGACGCUCUGGACCCGGACGCAAAGGUGGUGGACCUGGGCUCUCGCAACUUCUUCCUCUGCGCCACCAGGUCGAGCCAGAGAUCAGAUCAUCAUCUGCUUGUUCAAGGAAAGUAGUGUGUGCCAUGUAAAACGAGUUGGCAUGUCGGCAUAUGUGGAGUAUAUAUAACUGACGUUGGAUCCUUCUUUGGUUGAUCGGUCUGCGAGAUCCUCUGGAUGAAUGUGUAUGUGGUAUUAGCUUAGGUAUACGUACAGUUAGGCCAAGGAAGAAUUUCCAGUUUAAUUUGUAUGAAAGAGUCCGUGACAAAUGGUAAAAAAAAUGUUUGAUGGAA